GAAAGUGGAGGCACCAGACAAACAAAAUGGCUUCCUAGCGACUCAAAGCGGAAAAUGACGGUGCUUUUAUAAUUAUUAAGAAAUUACGGAUCAAAUGGGUUCGCGUUUACGCCCGGUACCCGAGAAAAUUUUUGAAUGUCUCGUCGAAGUUACAGCUCCCCAUUCUGAAAAGGAAGGUGCAGAAUUGAAAAGUUUUUUCCCUGAUAAUUAUGAGGAUGUGGAUAUGCUCAAGGAUGUUGUCACAAAGUUUUGCUUUCCCUUUGCACAUGAUGCAGAGAUGGUUGAUGCUGUGCAGCAUUUUGCAUUUGUCUUGACUGACAUUGAUGGAUUUUUUCGCUUUGGAUUUUGUCGUUAUCCACCAAAAGCAAAAACAUGUCUUUGUAUCCUGAGUGAUUUGCCAGCUUUUGAGAUGUUUUAUGGUAUACUCAACACAUUGGCUGAACUUGAGAACACUGCCAAAGAUCAGCCUCUCACAUCAAAACAAUUUCUGGAUCUUGUGCUGGAUAGUCAAGUGCCGGAGCCUGGAACCAAAUUUACAGUCAGUGAUCCUGUUAUUGAUUGGACAAGACAAUACAACUAUCCGGAUCCAGGAAAAUUGCCUACAAUACCCGAAAAUAGAAAUUUGACAGAUUAUUUUUCAGCUGUUAACCCAAGCAACAUGAUUGCACUAUUUGCAAGCAUGAUGUUUGAACGAAGAAUUAUAGUAACAUCGAAGAGGUUGAGCUUGCUGACGGCAUGUACAUACAGUGCUUCAUUGCUUCUUUAUCCAAUGCAUUGGCAACAUGUGUUUAUCCCAGUGAUGCCACCUAGUCUCUUAGAUUACUGUAGUGCUCCAAUGCCUUUCCUUGUUGGAGUUCAUUCUUCCUUGAUGGAGAAAGUACGUGAUAUGCCAUUAGAUGAUGUUGUUAUUUUGGAUAUUGACAAAGAAGAGAUUGAGCUGUCAGGAGAUUGCUUUCAUGAUGUUGAUGAUCUACCAUCAGAGGCUGUUUCAAAAUUAAACAGCGCCCUGAAGAAGAAUACAAUAGCUAUUGGUGAAUACGUGGCUCGCGCCUUUCUCGGUGCUGUAGUCAUAUUGAUUGGUGGAUACAGAGAUGCAUUGAAACUAUCUGGCGACACUAUCAUAUUUCGAGAAGACAUGUUCUUGACUUCUCGUCCACAUAUGAAAUCCUUUUUGGAAAACUUAUUAAAGUUACAACUGUUUGAACGAUUUAUUCAUCAUCGGCUUGACCAACUAAACUUAGGCGAGGCAAUUGAUGAUGUGUUUGAAGAGCAAAUUGGGCUUCAAACAGAAAGUGAUUCAAAAUGGGUUACUCAGUACAAACAUUGGAUGAAAAAUCGUAAGAGACAUGGGACCCAGCUUCUGAACAGCCUCAGUGGCAAGACAGAACAGGCGACGUACAGAGCGAAAAAAUUUAUUCAUGCUGGCGUGAAACAUGGAAAGAAUGGCUUUAAAGAGGCCGUGAAAGGAAUGAAAGAAAAGAAGAAAAAAGAAAAGGAUGGUUAUGAUAAUAGUUUGAGCAGUGCAGUUAGAAGAACCCAUUCUCUUCCAAUGAGUCACGCUAACGCUGUUUCAAGAGAUCAGAAUUUUGAUGCAAGAAACUCUGUCGGCAGCGCUCUUCAAAAUCGUGUAAAUUUGACUCCAUCACCCACCAGGAGCCAGCGUCCGGAAAGACCACCUCCAAGGGUACCCGACGAAGUCUCACCAAAGAUUCCACCUCGUCAACCUCCCCCGCGGCCACCCCCAAUGAGGCGUCCCUCGCCCCCACCCCCUUAUCAAUCCCGUGAAGUAUCUAACGAUCCUGAGGUGAAAUCCCGACCUAGUAUGGUUCGGAAUCCUGGGGACCCUGGAGUGAAAGAUCUUAUUAAUUUUUAUGAUAGCCAGGAAGACAUCACUGCUAUUUCUGCCGCGUCAAGUAGCAAAAACGAUCCUUUUGCGGAAUUCACGGAAUUUGAUUAUCUUGCAACUGGUAGGGCGACUCCAGGCUCUGUUCAAACAGAAAUACCACAGUUAAAAGUUGAUAGUCCGUCUUCUAGUGAUCAAAAUUUAAAUGAAGGAUUCUUUAGCCAGACUAUGUGUGCACUUUCGGACGAUACCCGACAAUUUUUACGAAGUUCGCGUCUAUUGAUGGAAUCACAGGAAAAUACGACAAUGAGUCAAAAUGCCAGUUCUUCGGCCGACUUAUGGUGUUCCCCUCGACUCGUGCGCAAGCCCCCGCUGAAAAAAUCAACAACGGGUAAAAAGACCCUUAGGGAAAUUGCAUUGGAACAGAAGGUUGGAAACGGGCACGUUCCGUUUUUGACUCAUGCGUCGUCUGAACCAUCAUUGCUCGUCCCGGUUGCUGGCAAUAUGAGGAAUGAAAUUCAUUGUAGUAAGUCUUCCACCGAUAUAAACAGAAACUCUGAUUUGAGUUCGAAUGUUGAGUUAUUAACGCGAGUAGAGUUGGAUGAAUCGAAAACAAACAACGUUGAUCCGUUUUUAGAACUUAUAUCACAAAGACACAGUCCGCAGCAAAUUGUAAGACGUCAAAAUGUCCCUAUGAGUAGCGAAGUUUAGGUAAAGUUAUAUAUUUCUGAAGUCAUCUCAUUAGGACUUCAAUAGCAUUUUCCUGCAAACGUCAGAAAAUCUUGUAUGAAUGAUAUGAACUGAGAAAGAUUAUUAUAGUACAUUUCCAGAACGCGAAGAGCCAGUGUCCUUUGAUUCUUCCAAGUUACGCUUGUUGGAUCUCUGUUAAUAAUUAACUAUAGUUGGAUACUUCGUUCGUUUGGAAAAGUUAAUAGAUUGGACUUUUCUCAAUCUCAUUUUAUUUCAAGACGAAAAGCCUGUGACCUUCUGUCACACUUCGCUGGAUGCAUUGUAUUUUUAUGCUGCAAACCAUGAUAUUGAGGGUUGGAAGUGUUUUCAACCUUCCUCAAAGUACCCUCAAGCUUGAAUCAUUGAACGUUUGGGAUGCGAUGAAUUGUAAAGAAAGUAGAAAUAGAAAGUCGUAGAAAUAAUAUGUAAAUAUUAAUUAUUAAAUAUACAGAUC